AUGAUCACUCCAGGAUAUGGUGACGUUUCUCGCAAUAUGAUACAAUUGAAAUGUUCUAUGCGACGUGCCACAAUAGCGGCUGUUGCAAUUUGGAUGAUAAUAUUCAUUUAUCUGGCAAUAAGUAUUUUCACGCUGCAAUCCAAAGAACGAGAAGACCGAAACGAACCACAGAAGAAAACUGAUCCACUGGUGAUCAAGUAUGAAGAAUCAAGGAAGAAAAUUAUUUCGCUGUAUGAGAAUAUCGAUGAAUUGAAAAGGUUGCUGUCGGAAAAAGACGCGUUGUUGAGUGGAAAUCCAAAACUGAAAUUGAUUCCUAUUGCUGGCAAUGGUAAAUCAGAGAGUCGUGAUGAAAUACCUCAUACCCUAUACACCAAAGACCAUGAAAUGGCUAGACGCAACUUGGACAAUUCAAUUAAGGAACUCUUCUACUACCUCAAUAGCCAGUUUGAACACGCUAAAUAUCUUUCGUUCGCAAAUCACGCUAUCAAUCAGACACUGUCACUGAUCGCUCAGUCAGCUGCAUUUUCGAGCGUUGACCGUGCAGAUCGGUGGCGUGAAAAGGCUUUGGCCAGCAUAUCUGAAGAAAUGCAAUUGCAUCUCGACAAACUUCAGCAUCCGUCCGACUGUGCAACAGCUAGGGCACUCAUAUGUACUCUGAAUAAAGGUUGUGGAUUUGGCUGUCAAUUGCAUCACGUAACGUAUUGUUUUAUCGUUGCUUAUGGCACCAAUCGAACACUGAUAUUACAUCGUGACGGUAAAGAAUGGAAUUACUCCGAACGUGGCUGGUCGGCCGCAUUUCGCCCGGUAUCCGGUUGCAAACAUGACCAAAUUUCCAAGGUAUUGCACUCGGAUCUGUGCUUGAGACUUUAA